UUUCCCAUUUAUGGUUACGAGGUGAAAAUUGCAUUGUGGGACGUUCUCUUUCGUUGGAAUUGCCAACAUGGCACGUGGACCCAAGAAGCAUUUGAAGCGCCUUGCGGCACCCAAGCAUUGGAUGCUGGACAAACUUACUGGUGUCUUUGCUCCAAGACCUUCCACCGGCCCCCACAAGCUGCGAGAAUGCCUUCCACUGAUCGUGUUCCUGCGUAACCGUCUGAAGUAUGCCUUGACUUACGACGAGACCAAGAAGGUGACGAUGCAGAGGCUGAUCAAGAUUGACGGCAAGGUACGCACCGACAUCACUUACCCAGCAGGAUUCAUGGAUGUGAUCUCCAUUGAGAAGACUAAUGAGAACUUCCGUCUCAUCUACGACGUGAAGGGACGCUUUGCUGUUCACCGCAUCGGUAAUGAUGAAGCCAAGUACAAGCUGUGCAAAGUGCGCAAGGUUUGGACUGGCCCUAAAGGAAUCCCAUACCUAAGCACCCACGAUGCUCGCACCAUCCGGUACCCUGACCCCCUCUGCUGUACAAAUGACACCGUGAAGGUAGACAUCAAUACGGGACGCAUCACAGACUACAUCAAGUUUGAGACUGGCAACCUGUGCAUGAUCACUGGAGGUCGUAAUUUGGGGCGUGUAGGACUCGUCAUGCAUCGUGAGCGUCACCCAGGAUCCUUCGAUAUUGUCCACGUCAAGGACUCUGCCGGUCACACAUUUGCCACCCGUCUGGCCAAUGUGUUCAUCAUCGGCAAGGGCAACAAGUCUCUGGUCUCACUCCCCAAGGCAAAGGGAAUCCGUCUCUCCAUCGCCGAAGAGCGCGACAAGAGGAUUGCUCAGCGUACCUAGAUAAACCAACAUCGCUCCGUACCGGAGAAACAUAAUCAGACAGUUCUUCUCCAUUCCAAACUAUUUCUAAAUUGACACAGUUGUCAAGUCAUUUGAAAUAAUAUAUUACCUGACAAUUGUCUCUUUUAUUGUAAACUUAUUUGGAUUGGUGUUUGCUCAUCAAUCAUCUGAGACUAACAGAUUUCAAAUUUUUGGGGUGUGAGGAGACGUCUACAGCAAACUAAAUAGAUUGGGCUUCUUAAAAAGUUAGGUGCCAUGUAACAACACAAUAAUUGAAUUCUCCAACAAGUGCCAACAUCGCACAGUGUAAACAUUAAUAAAGCUAUUAUGUGAAAACACAGAAA